GGCGGCCUGAGGGCCGGCGGGCGCCGGGGUUGCGGGGGCUUCGUGCCGCUCCGCACGGCCCGGCCUGUCUCGGCCCCUGCGCCAUGAGCGGCGGCGGCGGCGGCGGCGGAGGGGGCUCGGCGCCCAGUCGCUUCGCGGACUACUUUGUCAUCUGCGGACUGGACACCGAGACCGGGCUGGAGCCGGACGAGUUGUCGGCAUUAUGCCAGUACAUACAGGCUUCUAAAGCCAGGGAUGGUGCCAGCCCUUUCAUUUCAAGUACGACUGAAGGGGAAAAUUUUGAACAGACACCAUUGAGACGAACAUUCAAGUCUAAGGUUCUUGCACGAUAUCCUGAGAACGUAGAAUGGAAUCCCUUUGACCAAGAUGCGGUAGGAAUGCUAUGUAUGCCCAAAGGGCUGGCAUUCAAGACCCAGGCUGAUCCCAGGGAGCCCCAAUUCCACGCCUUUCUUAUCACAAGGGAGGAUGGCUCUCGGACAUUUGGGUUUGCCCUCACAUUUUAUGAAGAGGUGACUAGCAAGCAGAUCUGCAGUGCAAUGCAGACCCUCUACCACAUGCACAAUGCUGAGUAUGAUGUCCUGCAUGCUUCCCCUGCUGAUGGCAGAGACCUGAGCGGCAUGGAGGAUGGUGAAGACACUCCUGUGACCAAACUGCAGCGCUUCAACUCCUAUGACAUUAGCCGGGACACUCUCUAUGUCUCUAAAUGCAUCUGCCUCAUCACGCCCAUGUCUUUUAUGAAGGCAUGUCGGAGUGUGCUGGAGCAACUCCACCAGGCAGUCACUUCACCUCAGCCCCCUCCACUGCCCCUUGAGAGCUACAUAUACAACGUACUCUACGAGGUGCCACUCCCACCUCCUGGCCGGUCCUUGAAGUUUUCUGGGGUCUAUGGGCCAAUAAUCUGCCAGAGACCAAGUACCAAUGAGCUUCCCCUAUUUGACUUUCCUGUCAAAGAGGUUUUCGAACUGCUCGGGGUAGAGAAUGUAUUUCAACUUUUUACUUGUGCCCUUUUGGAGUUUCAAAUCCUGCUCUACUCACAGCAUUACCAGAGACUGAUGACUGUGGCGGAGACGAUUACAGCUCUCAUGUUUCCUUUCCAGUGGCAGCAUGUCUAUGUCCCUAUUCUCCCAGCUUCUCUCCUGCAUUUCUUAGAUGCUCCUGUUCCAUACCUGAUGGGCUUACAUUCCAAUGGCCUGGAUGACCGGUCAAAGCUGGAGCUGCCUCAAGAGGUGAGAGCUCAAGUAUUGGUACCUCUGGGUGAGUCACACUCCUCAUCCUGUUUUGACUUCCUGGACAAACUCCAAUUUGUUGGGAAACUGUGGCAAGUCCUCUGGCAGCUCAAUGAAGUGGUUGUCAAUGUCCACAAAGCAGAGGUUAGCCUGGAAGUCUCUGAGAUUCUUAUGGCAUUUGGAAUUCCCCCUGAAGGGAAUCUUCAUUGCAGUGAGAGUGCCUCCAAGCUGAAGAGGCUUCGGGCCUCUGAGCUUGUCUCAGACAAGAGGAAUGGAAACAUUGCUGGCUCCCCUUUGCAUCCCUAUGAGCUUCUUAAGGAGAACGAAACUAUUGCCCGGCUCCAAGCCUUGGUCAAGAGGACUGGGGUGAGCCUGGAAAAGUUGGAAGUGCGUGAAGACCCCAGAUGCAAUAAGGAUCUCAAAGUUCAGUGUGAUGAAGAAGAACUCAGGGUUUACCAGCUAAACAUUCAGAUCCGGGAAGUUUUUGCAAAUCGUUUCACUCAGAUGUUUGCAGAUUAUGAGGUGUUUGUCAUCCAGCCCAGCCAGGAUAAGGAAUCCUGGUUUACCAACAGGGAGCAGAUGCAAAACUUUGAUAAAGCAUCUUUUCUGUCAGAUCAGCCUGAGCCCUACCUGCCCUUCCUCUCAAGAUUCCUGGAGACCCAGAUGUUUGCAUCUUUCAUUGACAACAAAAUCAUGUGUCAUGAUGAUGAUGAUAAAGACCCUGUGCUCCGAGUAUUUGAUUCCCGAGUUGACAAGAUCAGGCUGUUGAAUGUUCGGACACCUACUCUCCGUACAUCCAUGUACCAGAAGUGUACCACUGUGGAUGAAGCAGAGAAAGCAAUUGAGCUGCGUCUGGCAAAAAUUGAUCAUACUGCAAUUCAUCCACAUUUACUUGACAUGAAGAUUGGACAAGGGAAAUAUGAGCCAGGCUUCUUCCCUAAGCUGCAGUCUGAUGUACUUUCCACUGGGCCAGCCAGCAACAAGUGGACAAAAAGGAAUGCCCCUGCCCAGUGGAGGCGGAAAGAUCGGCAGAAGCAGCACACAGAACACCUGCGUCUAGAUAAUGACCAGAGAGAGAAGUACAUCCAGGAAGCCAGGACUAUGGGCAGCACCAUCCGGCAGCCCAAACUGUCCAACCUUUCUCCAUCAGUGAUUGCGCAGACCAACUGGAAGUUUGUAGAGGGCUUGCUGAAGGAAUGUCGCAAUAAGACCAAGAGGAUGCUGGUGGAAAAGAUGGGCCGAGAAGCUGUGGAGCUAGGGCAUGGGGAGGUGAACAUCACAGGGGUGGAAGAGAACACCCUGAUUGCCAGCCUUUGUGAUCUCCUGGAAAGGAUCUGGAGUCAUGGACUACAAGUGAAACAGGGGAAAUCAGCCUUAUGGUCCCACCUGUUACAUUAUCAGGACAACCGGCAGAGAAAACUCACUUCAGGAAGCCUCAGUACCUCAGGAAUACUUCUUGAUUCAGAACGUAGGAAGUCUGAUGCCAGCUCACUCAUGCCUCCCCUGAGGAUCUCCCUGAUUCAGGAUAUGAGGCACAUCCAGAACAUCGGGGAAAUCAAGACUGAUGUGGGAAAGGCCAGAGCAUGGGUGCGACUGUCUAUGGAAAAAAAGUUACUUUCCAGACACCUGAAGCAGCUUCUCUCAGACCAUGAGCUCACCAAAAAGUUAUAUAAGCGCUAUGCCUUCCUGCGCUGUGAUGACGAGAAGGAGCAGUUCCUCUAUCACCUCCUGUCUUUCAAUGCCGUCGAUUACUUUUGCUUCACCAAUGUCUUCACAACUAUCCUGAUCCCGUACCACAUUCUGAUCGUACCAAGCAAGAAGCUGGGGGGCUCCAUGUUCACUGCCAACCCGUGGAUCUGUAUAUCAGGAGAAUUGGGUGAGACACAGAUCCUGCAGAUUCCCAGGAAUGUGCUAGAGAUGACCUUCGAGUGCCAGAACUUGGGGAAGCUUACGACUGUCCAGAUUGGCCAUGAUAACUCUGGGCUGUAUGCCAAAUGGCUGGUGGAGUUUGUAAUGGUCAGGAAUGAGAUCACAGGACACACCUACAAGUUCCCAUGUGGCCGGUGGUUGGGGAAGGGCAUGGAUGAUGGAAGCCUAGAGCGGAUCCUAGUUGGGGAGCUGCUCACAUCCCAGCCUGAGGUGGAUGAGAGGCCAUGCCGGACCCCGCCGCUGCAGCAGUCCCCCAGUGUCAUCCGGAGGCUUGUUACCAUCUCACCCAACAACAAGCCCAAGCUGAACACUGGACAGAUCCAGGAGUCCAUCGGGGAGGCAGUCAAUGGCAUUGUGAAGCACUUCCAUAAGCCUGAGAAAGAGCGAGGCAGUCUGACGCUGUUGCUCUGUGGAGAAUGUGGCCUUGUCUCGGCCCUGGAACAAGCUUUCCAGCAUGGAUUUAAAUCACCCCGGCUCUUCAAAAAUGUCUUCAUUUGGGAUUUCCUGGAAAAAGCACAAACCUAUUAUGAGACAUUAGAGCAGAAUGAAGUAGUCCCUGAGGAAAACUGGCAUACAAGGGCCCGGAACUUCUGCCGAUUUGUCACUGCAAUCAACAAUACUCCCCGGAACAUUGGCAAGGACGGCAAGUUUCAGAUGCUGGUGUGCUUGGGAGCCAGAGAUCACCUUCUACACCACUGGAUUGCCCUGCUGGCUGACUGCCCCAUCACUGCACACAUGUAUGAGGAUGUGGCACUGAUCAAAGACCAUACACUUGUCAAUUCCUUGAUCCGUGUGCUGCAGACAUUGCAGGAGUUUAACAUCACGCUGGAGACGUCCCUUGUUAAGGGCAUCGACAUCUGACCUCCCAGCAUCAGCCAGCAGCAGGACUGAGAAGGACUCUCAUCCUGCAGCUCUGACCCUUCUUCCCAAAGGGACUUAAGAGAAUUGUGCAGGAGAAGGAGACAAAAUGUACACUCACUGUAAAAAGAAACUAGAGGAUUUUUGGAAUAAAUAAUCUAUUUUAGAGUUUAUUUGCUGAUUUGCUUUUUACACACUUUCAUGUGAAAGAGUGAUAAGGGAGAGGGAGCGAGGCUGGUGCCGCUUAUUUUGAAGCUGGUGCCCUCCCUCGCCAUGGCCACAUGCUGGAAGCCUGAGGCCUCCCUGGACUGAGCCUGCGGCACUGCAUGCGGGACAGUUAUGUUCCCAUGCCCCGUCGCAUUAAUGAGGCCCUUCCACAUCAUUUUUAAACUAAUGUUUUCUAUAUUAACAUUAUUAUGGAUAUUUGGCUUUCAUAGGCCACACACAGGUGUGCUGAGCGGGAAGCCCCAUGCUCCAAUCAAAGGCGUUUUUAGUAGUGCCUCUAAGUAAGCACUGAUGAGUCAGUCCCACAUCUUUUCUUUUUUGUCAGUAUUUUUUGGGAAGGAGACAUGCCAGAUGUGUCAUCGUGCCAAAUAUCACAUUUUCUGUUGGCACACAGUUUCACAGAAGUAAACAUAAGCAUGUUUUAACAGGUUUUUCUUUCCUUUUUUCUUUUUUAAAAUGUCUUAUUUAUUUAACCCUUCAUUGUGUGUUUUUAAGUAUUUUCUUUUUUUUUAAGGAAAGGAAAAGCUUGUCACAAUCUAACUGGCUAUGUUAUUAUUAUUAAAUUUAUGUUUUGCAACUUAGAAACCAGCUACAGUAUGGCCCACUUAAUAAAACACCUGAAACAAAA